CCGCGAGUGACGCAGUUCCAAUCCCUUUGUCAGCCCUCCAACUCUUGAAUGCGUGCCUAGCGAAACGGAACCUUCCUUCUCAGAUCGUAUUGGUUGCUAUCGUGAACGCACCGCCCACCAGAUGGAGUCCCAAGCCGUCUUUAGCAUGGAGCAGCAACAGCCUCAAGAGUUCAUCCUCGAGGCUUUCGCCGACCCUGCAUCCGUUCGCGAUGUCGUACGAGCUAUCCUCCACACGAUAUUCUUCCACCGCUUCUUCCCUGGCGUGACGCCACAUUCCCGCGAGGUGCUGGACAUCACGCUCCCCUAUGUCGAGGAUGCCGAGCUGGACACCAUGAUUGAGAAGCGUGCCGCCGAGCUGGAUCGCGAGCUGAGUGUCGAGCGUACACAUGCGCAUUCUGGGGGCAAUGGCGGUGGCAGAGGCAACAUCUCGGUGCAGUUCUUUGAGAAGAAGCGGAGAAAGACGUGGUAUAUGCGCGCGGCAUAUGGAGGAGGGGACGAGGAAAUAUGUUGGGAAGCCUGGACCGUUAAGGUUACUGUUGCAGAGCCCAGGACGGAGAGUGAACGGGCCAAAGUUCGCAAGGCCAUGGAGCAAACCCUUCUCACGUCAGUCAUGAAGAUAGUUACAUGCGUCAACCAGCACAAGGACCACAUCCCACCCAUCACAACGAGCGAGGCGAACCCAUUUCCGUACCAGAUUAACGUGAACCAGAAGGACUCCGGCUGGGCUACGCGGAUGGGCAUAUACUAGGGAAGGCUCCUCGCUCGAAGUCGUGGGUGUGAAAUCUUUUGUAACGACGCAUUCGUUUAGCGCAGCUUGUGGUGUAUUUGCUGGCGUUCGGAAGGGCUCGGCUGGAAUUGGGAUAGAUAUGGUCUUCGCGGAUAUUGCUUGGGACUUGACUAAACAGAGUCCAAUGAUUGAUACCCAUUCAAAUAACGAGGCUUUACUGCGGUGACUCCUUCGGUACUUGGAAUUCUAACUACCUUAUUCACUAUUGAACCUUGAGCAGAAUUGGUCGUCC